AUGCACGAUGGUUCUAAGUUGGCGGCCGCCGGAGGUGUGGGAACCACUUUGUCAUUGGUGAAGGAAUCUGGGCUUCGAGAAGCACAGUUUCACGGGGAAGGGUACCAGGAAGGCUUUGAAGAGGGCAGUAGUCUGGGCAUGAUUGAAGGAAGACGGUAUGGCACGGUGCAUGGGGCCAGAGUUGCAUCUGAGAUCGGUUGCUAUCAAGGAUUUGCUCUUGCGUGGAAAUGUCUCCUGCAUGGUGCCUCUGAGAAGGACAGGCGGGUGAGGGUCUUGGAGUCCUUGCUUGGAAUGAUCCAGAGAUUCCCCUAUGAUGACCCUACUUAUGACAAGCUCCAGGAAGACUUGGACAGAAUCAGAGGCAAGUUCAAACAGGACAGGUCGGCGUGUCAUAGACAGGACCAGAGCCGCCACCAAGAUCUGCCGCCAUCUCCCUGGGGCACUCCCGGCUGUCCACCUCUGCCCCCGGCGGUUUGGAAAUCAGACCAGCCACUGCCGCGGUGCGCAGCCAGAAAGACACAGAGCCAGACCGCCCGCCGGCCGGCCGGCCGGAGACCCUCGCAGACGUGCGUGUCGCAGGACAGGCUCCGCGGUGCCCCGUGGACCUGCCACCAGCCUUGGGCUCUGGGCACACACAACCUCCGAGACACGCGGCCCUCGCCCCGUCCCCCUGGACGCAGCGUCCCUCAAGGCCCCGCGUGGAAGGGCGGAGGCCAGCGGUGUCCCGGAGGGGCAUGGGUGGACCCCGCUGGGGGGGGAAGGACGGGCCCCAGCCACACGCGGGUGGCCCUCAGACGGGUGUGA